AUGGACUCGCCCGUGCUCAACCAGCUGUUUCGGCAGCUCUUCCGCCACCCAGCCUGUCAAUAUCUGCGGCGACAAUCUCCCUCACUCUCUCGUCCACAGUCUCGCUCGUUCCUCACCCGGCGCAGCUCACCCACCAAGCGCAAAUCGCUCGACGAUGGCAUGCUCUGGACGAAACGGGGUGACAAUCCCAGGGACAUUGAUCAGGAAUACUGGACCUAUCCACAGGUCACCGCCAAGGAUCUGCGGACCCGGCGCGAUCGCCCGCGACAGGUGAAGAUGUCGACACGGGAGUUCGUUGAUGACAGCCUCUACAACCCGUCUUACGGGUAUUUCUCGAAGCACGCGACCAUCUUCAGUCCCGGAGAGCCAUUCGAUUUCAAUAGGCUGGACGACGGGCCCGCUUUCCAACGGCUCCUGGGCCAGCGAUACACCGAGUUCGAAGACCGGCUUGACGAGGUCACGCCCGACGUCUCACGGCAGCUCUGGCAUACUCCGACGGAGCUCUUUCGACCGUACUACGGCGAGACGAUCGCGCGGUAUCUAGUGUCCAACUACAAGCUGACGCUGUAUCCCUACCACGACCUGAUUAUCUACGAGAUGGGCGCGGGCAACGGCACAAUGAUGUUGAAUAUCCUCGACUUCAUCCGCGACACCGAUUAUGAGGUGUACCAGCGCACCAAGUUCAAGAUCAUUGAAAUCUCGCCCGCGCUGGCCGACUUGCAGCUCAAGAACCUGAACGAGACGCUCAAUGCCGCUGGCCACUGGGACCGCGUCGAGAUCAUCAACCGGUCGAUCUUUGAUUGGGACACAUACGUGCACUCGCCGUGCUUCUUCCUAGCGCUCGAAGUGUUUGACAAUUUCGGGCACGAUGCCAUCCGCUACGACUGCCGCACCGAGCUCCCGCAGCAAGGCGGUGUGCUGAUCGAUGCCGACGGCGAGUUCCACGAAUACUACGAUCUGCAGCUCGAUCCAAUCGCAGCUCGUUUCAUGCGCGUGCGCCAGACGGCCGCCCGCCGCCCCUUCCCGAGUCCCUUGGGCCCCCAGCUGCUUCGGGGUGUGCGCUCCGUCCAGCCUUUCCGCAAUCCUUACACUCUUCCGGAGUAUGUGCCGACCCGGUUGAUGCAGUUCUUCGACGUUCUGAACCAGUACUUCCCCGCGCACCGCCUCGUUGCCAGUGAUUUUAGCACUCUGCCGGAUGCCGUACCCGGACUGAACGCACCAGUCGUGCAAACUCGGUACCAGCGACAAACAGUGCCCGUGUCGACUCCUUUCGUCCAUCAAGGCUACUUUGAUAUCUUCUUCCCGACCGACUUCAACGUCGUUGAAGACGUCUACCGUGCGUUGACAGGCAAGCUGACGCAGGUCACAAGCCACGAAGACUUCGUGCACCGCUGGGCCUAUAUCGAAGACACGGAGACGCGGAACGGCGAGAACCCGCUGUUGACCUGGUACAAGAAUGCCAGCAUGUUGUUGACUGUGUAG